AUGGGAGCCGUUGAGUCUGAGACCCCCACACAGACAUAUCCCACGCAAAUUGAUUAUUCGACAUAUCCACCGGCACGUGUGUUUGACGAAUGGGAAGAUAUAGAAAUGAAGUCCCCUGCAUUUAUCAGGCGGUUUGUGAAGAACGUCGAUACGUCGACACGAUUGGAGUAUUGGCGGAAAAUGGCGAAUCCUGAGCAAUACACUUUAAAGAACCCGGACUUGUUUCAAACCCUUUGUGUGCAAGCGGAGACGCGGAAAAUAGCGGAUGAGGAAUUUAAGAUGUUGUGCGACAAAAUCGACAUGGACGUCAACAGAACGUUUCCGAAUGAUCCUUUAAUGACUGAGGAUAAGCGAUUGGACUUGCGCGAUAUCUUACGGUCGUUUGCGUUAUUAGUGCCGAAGACAGGGUAUUGUCAGGGGAUGUCAUUUCUGGCUGGACAGAUCUUACUCAUCACUGACAUCCCAGAAGACUCGCUUUGGAUCUUCACAUUCUUCAUGAAGGACUUGAAUUUGUAUGGACUUUUCUCCGAUGGAUUGCCACUUCUGAACUUUGCUGUGUAUUGCAUUGAGUGGGUGGUCAACACUCGAAUCACUUCACUCGCAAAAUAUUUACAACAGAAAGACGCCCCUUUAGUAUUAGUUGUCGGACAAUGGCUUACAGCACUGUUCUCAAUUAACUUCCAAAGAGAUGUGACACUGAAGAUAUGGGAUAUGUUCUUGUUAGAAGGGUUCGUUUGGUUGGUCAAAGUCUCUGCCGCUUUCCUUUUAAUUCACUCGGACUUGUUCAACGGACAGAUCGAAGAUAUUAUUAUUAACUUGAGACAAACAACAGCAAAGGAUAACUGGAGAGAUGUCGCGCGAUUCGCUGACGCAAUCGUCUUCGGAGAAAAGGAACUCAAACUGUGUAAGACAAAUUUCGACCAAAACAAUUCACAGUAA